AUGGAUUCCCAGACGCGCUUUCAAAUCGAUUCCAACGGCAUUCAAAUCAACGACGAGAUCCGCGAGACGGACGGAGAAACGCCCACAAUCGACGAACUGCACCAACAGUUCGAGGGCACCGAAGGGCUCGAGGCAACGCUCAAAUGCGCCGCCAAGGGCGCCCCCGCCCCCCUGGUCACGUGGUUGGACCCGCAUCAGCGCAACCUGUCGUCAGUGGGCGGAUACAUCGUGGACCGCAACUCGGGCGCGCUCAUCAUCGCGCGCGUGCGCAAGACGGAGGACUCUGGCCAGUUCACGUGCGUCGCCGAGAACUCGGCCGGAAGUGAGAGAAAAACGACGAAUUUUGUGGUUUUGAGAAAACCGAAAAUCAAUUCCUUUUUGAACCAAAGUUUCGACGAAAACAAAGAAUCGCUUCUCGAGUGUCGCGCGACGGGAGACCCGAUUCCCGACAUCUCGAUCCGCAGGGACGGCGACUCGCGCGCUCUGGCUUUGGGCGACCCGCGCGUCUCUCUUCUCGCGCAACAACAGCCGAACGACGAAACCGUGCUUUCGCUCCGAUUGUCGCAAACCCGUCGUUCCGAUGACGGCCUCUACUUCUGCAGAGCGCACAACAGGGGCGGAGUCGUGGAGACUGCGGGCCACCUUGAAGUGCGGUUCGCGCCGGACAUGAGUCGCACGCCCAUCACUUCCGGUAAUCCCCGUCAUAGCAGUGAUCACGUGACUUAUCUUUCGUUUCUUUCAGUCAAGACGUGGAAUCAACAGCCAAUCAACAUGACGUGUGUGGCCGACGCCAUUCCCAACGCCACGAUUCGCUGGUGGUUCCGCGGCCAGGAUCUCGCGCUCCAAACCAACCUCUACCAAAUAGAGCCCAAC